AUGAGCUCUGCAGACUCCGUCAUGGAGCAGAGAUAUGAAGUGGCUAAAGGGUUUAUACCGACUAUCGAGAAGGUUUAUGCUGGAACCAAUGGUGAUAUGCCUGAGGCUAACCUCUUAGGUGAACUUUUGAAGCUUUUGGCGGAAUUACCAGGUGAUUUUCACCUUUUCUGUGAUCCUACAUUUGAACCCAUAUCAGUAUUUUGUCUAACCAUUUUUUCAUUUAAUGAACAGGGUACUGUAUCAUGGCUUAAAAAUAAAUUUAAUCCAACUUUGGCCAGUUGUGAUAAGUGUAUUUUAAAUUUCACCAGAGGUAAAUGUAAAAUGCUACAACACUUUGCGGUACAAAGACAUGUCCCACAUGAACAUGUAUCGAAAUUUAACGACAUAGUCUGCCUUUGGAGAUCUGAAUCGGUUUUCCCAGUACUGCAUAGCAUUUCUGUCAAUGGUAACACGGAGGUUAACGUUACUAGAGAGAUUGAACUGGCGCUUUUUGAAUGUCUUUGUAAUCCUCAUAUAUUGAGGUUGAAAAAUGAAUUACGGUUAACGUUCAAUGCAAUCUUCACAUUCAUGUUUCAUUCUGAACUACCAUUCUUAGAUCCCUACAACCCAGAUUUCUUCAAGACUUUUGUAGCGGGAAUUAUCUUUUGUUGGUGUGAAGGAACUAAAGAUGAAAUCAAAUGGGCUAAAACUGUUUUAAACAAAUUGCAUAGGGAAAAUUAUAGAAUUGAUUUGAAAAAUUUUGGUUCUGAUGUAUUGGAAGAAAUCAAUAUUCAUUUGCUCUUCCUACAGAAUCCAGCUAACUGGAAUGAAGUUGUCGUUUCACAAUUUUGGUCAAGGCUUAUACCAAUUUUUGCACUUUUCGAUAAGGAGAUAUUUACAGAAUUCUUUGAAGUUCCUAAAAAUAUUGAUUCUUUAAAGAAAACUGUUAGGUUCCCAAUAGAAUCUAUCUAUAAGAUGUGGUACAAUCAUUUGGGGAAAACUUAUCGUGAUAAACCUUUAGAAUUUUUAUUAAGAGCCCUUUGCAUAUUCCUAGAGAAACUGGGAGCCUCAUUUUGGUCCAAGUUGGAGCCAUUUACAUUUCAUAGCAUUUUGGACAUUGUAUUCGAUAAAGACAUUUUUGCCAAUAAAUUGGUUAGGGUACAGAACAAUCCUAUUCCUGAUGAUGAAGUGGGCAUCGUUUUAUCUUUUGCUGGAUCUAUUACCGACAUGGUCUCUUGGACUCUGCCGUUCUAUAAGGCGCUUUCUACUUCUAAGAGAAUCCAGAUGGUCAAAAAAGUGUCAAUGGCAUUUCUGCGAGCGAUUUCAAACCAUAACUCAUUAAAAUCUAUUCCCAAGGCAUGUUUGAUGAAUUCAUCUACGGCAUUACUAAGAGCAGUUUUAACUAUCAGACCCGAUGAAUUAGCAAUGCUUUAUGAAAGACAAGAUUUCGAAGUUGUUUUGUAUUCAAAAACUGAUUCUCGUGCUUUGUUGAAUAAUCCCUUAAUUCAAGAAAUCGUUCUUAGAUCAGCAACUAACCCUAUGGAACUUUAUCCGGAUUUGGGUGACUCUGCUGUUUCCGUUUCUACUUCUGCGAUGAUGGUUUUGACCAAGGCGAUAAAUUUUGAUAUUUUAAUGCUCUGUGAAGCAACUUAUAAACUUUAUUCUGGCCGACAAGCUAACGAUUUGAAUUUGACACCAGCUUUAUUGAAUAAUUUAACUUCUAGAUUAGACCUACGAUCUUUCCAUGAUGGUCCGCUUCUGGCGAAACAGCUGCUGAUCUCAUUCAACCAUAUCAAUGGUCUUUUGACGGUCGAAAAAUCCAAGGAUACGUCAACACAAAGACAUAACGCUCUCAUUAAACAAUAUUAUCAUCAUUGCACCAAGAUUGUGGAGAAAUUUGCAGAUAUUUUACCAAAUCAAUUGUCAAAAAUUUUAGCAGAAGAGGGACCAGCUCAAGGGUUUUGGUCUUGUAUUUUCUCCUCUAAUACUGAACUUUACCAGGCAGCAACCAAUAUUCUAUACGACACUUUUGACGUUGAAGGUAGAUUCGAAGGUAUUCAUGCAAUUCUGAAAAACAAUUUAACCAAUCAGUUACGUGCCAUCAAUCUAGUGUUACAUCAGUUAAUUAAAUGUGAGUUUUAUGAACCUUGUCCUAGGGCUAUUAGAGUCUUAAUGGAUGUUGUAAGCGCUUUUAGCGAUCCUGUGGCCGGUAUACUUGCUAACUACCAAACUUUAAAGAAUGAUAAAACAGAUAUUGAGUUGAAUAAGAUUUGGGAACUAACGUGGUCAUUUUUGGAUACCAUCUACCGUUGCACUUUGAAUUGGGCAACCAAAUAUGAGUACUCAGAACUAGAAAACUUUACCAAGGACACACUUGACUUGAGCAGAUCUUUAGUAGAUUCUUACAGGGAGUUUUCAGAUGCUUUAGGUGACUCCAAGAUAGAUUUAUUUGAGAGUGUCGUGAAGGCAUUCAAAAAUAUGCUUUAUUGGUUGAGAUUAAGUGAUGAUGCUUUAUUGGAUUCAUGUGUCAGGUUAAUUGUCAGUGCUUCUGACUUGGCCAGCGAAAAGGCCAUUAAUUUUGAUGAUUCCCUGGUAGAAAUGAUGGCCAAAUACGGUGCUAAGGCUAAAAAGUUCUCUAAUAAACUUUCUGAUCAACAAUCCAGAGAGAUUUUGAUGAAAGCUGAGACUUUCAACAAACCAUUAACCGACAGAACGGUAUCUGAAGCGGAAGCUUAUCAUAAGGAAAAAGAGCUUGCGAAAUUGGGGAGAACUACCUCUCCAAGUCCACAACCAGAUGUUACAACUUCGGCUACAGAAUCGAAGGCAGACUUUUUGCAAAGAAAAGCAACUUCUUCUUCGAUAACGGGCCGUCCCAAGGCAAUGCAAUCGAAGAUUACUUCCUUUGGUUCAUUCCAGCCAAGUACUUCGACUUUAUUGCAUCAACAUAAACCAAUAAAACCAUUGUCCAAAAUGGAACUUGCUAGGCGGCAACUGAUGAGCAACCGAGUGGUUCAUCCUCCCAGUUCCACUGUGUUCAAUAAUAGGCGAACUGUUGCCAAGGCUAAUGAUGAGAGCAGCAGUGAUGAGAGUGAAGGUGAUAUAGAGACAGCAAGGGAGCUAUUCGCAUCUGCCAAGUCAAGGGGUAAAGGAAUUCAGACAGUUGAUAUGACUGGUAAAGUUGUCACCAAAACUACUACUGCUGAGCGUGAAAAGUUAGACCGGGAGAAUAUGAGAAGGAGAUUGAACGUAGAUCUCAAUCCCUUCUAUGAAUCCAUUUUACAAUGGGACUAUUGUAGGUCUGAUGAAUACCCAGAUGACAAUAUUAAGGAUCAUUGUGCAGAUUUGAAGGAUGAAUUUAAAUCAGUUUCGGAGUACCAGAAAAUUGUUAGACCACUUCUUCUUUUAGAAUGUUGGCAAGGGUUGUGUUCAGCUCGUGAUAGAGGUGAUUUCAGGCCUUUUAGUAUUAUUGUCGGUAAUAGAACCGCCGUCUCGGAUUUUUACGAGGUUUAUGCUUCAGUUAGUAAGAAAAAGCUUCAAGAGUCAAACAUUACGGACUCAGAUCUCAUUGUUUUAGCAUAUUUUCCCAAUAAUGUACCAGGUGGUGGAUAUAAAAAUGAAGACUUCAAACAUGCCACAGAUACUUGUUUGGCAAAGGUGCGUACUUUAAAGAAUACUAAAGGAGAUAAUAUUGAUUUGACUUUACGUGUACAUAGAAACCACAAGUUUGCCAAAUUCCUAACUCUCAGAUCCGAAAUUCAUGCAGUAAAAAUUAUGCAGAUGACAACGGUCGAAAGAGAAUACACUUCACUGGAAGCUCUUGAGUAUUAUGAUUUAGUGGAACAGAUAUUAAGGGCAAAACCCACCCCACAAAUGGAUGUAAGUCAAGCUGAGAUUGAUUUAAUAAAGAAGAAAUAUAACUUGAAUUUGUCUCAAGCAGCUGCUAUUGUCAAUACGGUUCUUAAGGAAGGUUUUUCUUUGAUUCAAGGUCCCCCUGGUACUGGUAAAACUAAGACUAUUCUUGGGAUUGUUGGCUAUUUUCUAUCUACGAGAAGUUCUCUACCCUCAAAUGCUAUUAAGACACCAGGUGCGGAUUCAUCGAAUAUGACUACAGAUCAGCUCUUGAAGAAGCAAAAAGUUUUGAUCUGUGCUCCCAGUAAUGCUGCUGUUGAUGAAAUUGUUUUGCGUUUAAAAGAAGGUGUUUGUAACAAAGAAGGUAUGCUUUUCAAGCCGAAUAUAGUGAGAGUUGGUAGAUCAGAUGCUGUCAAUGCAGCUAUUAAAGAUUUUACUUUAGAAGAAUUGGUGGACAAGCAAGUAUCCCAGAAGAAUUACGAAUUCUCGAAGAAUCCAGAGUUAGAGAAGAAAUUUAACGAAGCCGUUCAUAAGAGAAGAGAACUUCGUGCUAAACUUGAUGCUGAAAACGGCACGCCUACUAGUACCAUGUCUACCGAAGAUAUUGCCAAUUUGCAGUUAAAGAUUAGAGAGUUGAGUAGGCAACUGAAUGAAUUAGGUAGAGAAAGAGAUCUAAUGAGAGAAAGAAAUUCGGUCAACUAUAGAAAUCGAGAUCUGGACAGGCGUAACGCUCAGGCACGUACCUUAGCAAAAAGUGAUAUUAUUUGUUCCACUCUCUCUGGUUCGGCUCAUGAUGUGCUUUCUUCACUUGGAGUCAAAUUUGAUACAGUCAUCAUUGAUGAAGCUUGUCAGUGUACUGAAUUAUCCUCUAUUAUACCUUUGAGGUAUGGUGGUAGGCGUUGUAUCAUGGUCGGUGAUCCUAAUCAGCUGCCCCCUACUGUGCUGUCUGGAGCCGCAAGCAGUUUCAAAUAUAACCAAUCACUUUUUGUGCGUAUGGAAAAGAACAUAACGCCCUAUUUGUUGGAUGUACAGUACCGUAUGCACUCCUCAAUCAGUAAAUUUCCUUCUAUGGAAUUUUACAAGUCAAGGUUGAAAGAUGGUCCUGAGGUAGACACUCUAAAUCAAAGGCCCUGGCAUGAGCUUAAAUACUCUCGACCUUACAAGUUUUUCGAUAUCUUGACUGGUAGGGAACAACAGAGUGCUAAAACGAUGUCUUAUGUGAAUUUGGAUGAAAUCAAAGUUGCCAUGGAAUUGGUGGAAUACCUUUUCCAUAAAUUUGACAAGAUUGAUUUUACUAGUAAGAUUGGUGUUAUUUCACCAUAUAAGGAACAGGCAUCGAGGAUGAGAAGAGAGUUUCUGUCUCGUUUCGGUGGGACGAUCACACGGGAAGUAGAUUUUAAUACUAUCGAUGGGUUCCAAGGUCAAGAGAAGGAAAUUAUUAUUAUAUCUUGUGUUCGUGCAGAUGAUACAAAAUCAAGUGUUGGUUUUCUAAGGGACUUCCGUCGUAUGAAUGUGGCACUAACAAGAGCUAAGACCAGUAUGUGGAUUUUGGGUCAUCAGAAAUCUUUGGUUAAGAACAAACUCUGGAAUCGUUUAAUUACGGAUGCACAGCAGCGUGGUUGUAUGGAAGUAGCAUGUCCUGGUUUUCUCAAUUCCAGAAAUCAUAAAGCACAAGAAACGCUUGAAAAAUAUAGAGCACGUAAUGAUCCUUCUUUGCUCAAUGAUGACUAUGAUCCAUUGGCAAAUAUGAAACCGGAAUCAAAGACUCCAUCCAAGAGAAGGAGCGAUAAUCUAGAUGCUCACCCUCGUAAAAUGACAUUUGAUGAAAAGAAGCGUAAAGAAGAGAAGGCUACAGCUACAUCACAGACCAAGAAAAAGAAGUCUUCUAUAUUUGGUGCUCCUAGUAUUGCUAAUGAGGUAACUUCAUCUGGUGCUUAUAUUAAAGAAAAGGGAAAGCCGGAAACUAGGAAGGAAUCUCUUGAUCCAAAGAAGAAUAGGCAUGUCGGUUUUUCAGAUAAUUUGGAGAUUAUUCCUAGAGGUGACGACGAGGAUGUCGGUGAGUCUCCCCCUGCUGGCAAACAGAAAGAAAAUAAAUCUGGAAGAAGUAGUCCACCACUCCAGAAAUCUGAUUCCGAUAGUGAUGAAGAGGAAAACGACUAUACACCGAGACCUCCGGAAGACACUGUCUUACCAGGUGCCAAGAAGCAAAGAAGUGAUUUCGAACAGUCUUUUUAUGAUGACUAUCAACCACCAGCACCAAAGGAACCAAUUCCUUUGGGCUCAAGAGGUGGCAUUCGCGAAUAUCCUGAGAAUAUUCCAUCGACAAAUGGCUCUAACCGACCUGAUAGAAAUUCUGAUCAGCGUCCCCCACAUAAUGGUUCAGUUUCGGAAAAUCGUGCUCCUCUUCAAGGCAUGGCAUCGCAAGGACCGCAGCACAUGCACAAAUCACCAUCACCAUCGAGUUACAAUGCUUCACGUAGCAAUACUGCUGGUAGUGGUAGAUCUGGUGGAAGACACCAGUCAUCCAAUCCAUUUAUUCCCAAGAAAAAGCCACAUCACAGGUAG